UAAGAUUAUAGAAACAUUGGUGUUCCUGUCCAGGCAUGGUUCCACAUGCAGAAGUACCGGUGGUGUAACCUUGGCUGAUUACCGUCCUCGUUUCAAACAACAUAAAACAGCAACAUGCAGGCUGCUAUGGAUAUAACUGCAAAGUACUGCCGUAAAGAAAUGGAGGCGUAUGGGUUAUGUGUAGCCUCCAAUCCAUCAACAUGGCAGCAGAAGUGUCACGAGCUGAAGAUGAAUGUUGCACAAUGUACAUCAUCACACCCGGUCAUCCAGAAGAUCAGGCAGGAGUGUUCCAGUGAGUUUGUGGAGUUUGAGCGCUGCCUGAGAGAACAUCAGGGACAACCUGCCUCCUGCUCGCCACAUGUGGCUCGCUUUAUGGGCUGUGCAGAGACAGUCGACCUCAGUGGAGUGGCUACAAAUCCAGUAACUCAACCAUCUUAGCACAAGACAUCCUCCAUUACCAGAAAACACCUGUAUCUACACCACUGCCACCAGGUGGGCUGGUUUCAAAUGUAUUCCGGCCAUGUAUGUACAGUGGCUGACAGAGUACAGUACUUCCCAAUUUGUUUUUGCAUAUUUGUCACACUUACAUGUUUCAGACCAUCAUCAUCAUUAUUUUAAUAUUAGGCAAAGAUAACCUGAGUAAAUACAAAAUGCAGUUUUUAAAUGAUCAUUUAUUUUGUUAAAUCAUCAUUUAAACCUACCUAACCCUAGCUGAAAAACCUAAAUGUAAUAACUGAUUGUGCUACCUUUGGCAGCAAGAAUUGCAAUCAAGGGUUUGCAAUGGCUGGCAAUAAGUCUUUCAUAUCACUGUGGAGGAAUUUUAGCUCAGUCUUUUUUUGCAAAACUAUUUUAGUUCAGCUGUGCUGGAGGGUUUUCAAGGAUGAAUGGCCUGCUUUAAGGUCAUGCCAAAGCACCUUUUUGACUAGGCCACUCCAAAUCUUCAUUUUGUUUUGUUUGUUUUUUGCAAGGUCACACUUGCUUGUGUGUUUGGGGUCACUGUCCUCCUGCAUAAACCAAAUGCGCUUGAUUAGGUGCUUGGGUAAUGGAGUCAGACAAAUUUGAUGUGCACUUGAUGACACUUCCAUCAGUCAAGUCGUUCAGGUGUUGAAGCAGCAAAGCAGCCCCAAAACAUCACACUACCACCACCAUGUUUGACUGUUGGUAGGAUGUUCUUCUUCUGAAAUGGUGUGUUGGUUUUAUGAUGUUAGGAAUUACCUUUUCAUGUUUCUUUUUCAUGAGUUUAGAUAGCUUUUUUUCCCUUAAUAAAUUAAAUAAUUUACAAAGUGUGUAUUUUAUUCUUUAUUGGGUUAUUGUCUUAAAUUUGUUUGAUAGUAUGAAACAUGUAAAGACAACAUCAGGAAGUGGGCAAAUACUUUUUAACAACACUGUAUUUGUUUUCUCAAUGUGCCUCGAUAUGUUAGCUUCAGAAAUAGCACAUUGAUGAUAAAGUACUGUGUGAAGAAGAACUUACUGGUCCCAAAAGGAAAUUCAUAAAUUUGCUUUAGUACUGUGGGUUACAUGAUUGUGUGAAGUAUUUAAUUGCUGUGUCAUUCUCUAAUUUCUCAUGUAAGUUUUAUGAUUUAAAAAUAAGAUGUGUAUGCCUCUGAAUGUGAGAAAGUCAGGUGUGUACUGUUUUUAUUGAACCGUUUCAUUAAAAAAAAAUGACCUUUGACUUCUAAUACUCUU